GCACACAAAUUGCCUCAUAUUUUAAUAUCUACAUUUUGCUUUUUAUUAGCAUUCGCUUGCUCACUUUUCAGCGCUUUUUGCACGAAAUUGCGAAAUCAAAGUCAAAUUGUGUUAUAGAUAGAAUUUCCAUCGAGUUUUGUUAACAUUUCAUAUAGAAAUACCUGUAAAUCGUUGCGGUGUUUUUUUUUGUUGCAGAAACUAGUGCGCUGCCCGACACUGUCGUCAGCUGUGACAAGGUCGACUGCUUUCAGUUAAGGGAGUUUCUUGAAUUAUGUAUUUUUGGCAAAACAAAAGAAACCAAUUUAUGGAUGUGUAAAAUCAAUGCACUUUCCAUUUUGUUUGUUUGUGAAAACGGCAAAUACGAAGGUUGCACUCGUUUAAUUGAAAAUUCGUCCUGCGGUUGGCUAUUGAUUCAGUUUCUGUGCGAUCACGUGACAUUCGCAACCGGUCUUUAGCAACAAAGCAAAACAAAAGUUUGAGUAAAUAUGUUUAGAAGUGACGCAACCAGUUAGUUCGCACAAAAUGCGAUUUACUGCUAUUUUAUUGAAGCCCAAAGCAUCGGAAGUGUUAACGGCGUACCUUAAGCAAUGCAACGAACCACCGUGGACGUCGUAUUUUGUGAAGUUUAAAGAUGUUGAAAAUGAUCAGCGUGGCUGGUCGCACUUCAAUUGGACGCUUGAUUCUGGAGCGAAUUAUCACAUACUCCGCACAGGAUGCUAUCCGUAUAUGAAGUACCACUGCAGUAAGCGGGCUAUUCAAGAUCUUUCGUUGGAGGAUAGGUUCUUUCGAUUUUUGAAAGUUAUAAAUCUGGGGCUACCAAUGUUGUUUUAUGGGCUUGCAGCGAUUCAUCUGAUUACUCACGAGGAAUUAGUUCAUUUACCAAAUGGUGAUCGGAUUCCUAUAUACUUUCUUUAUGCGGAAGAUAAAGGAUCAAUGCACUGAUUAGUUUUGAUUUAAGUAAACAAGAAAAAAAUUUACCAAUCCACUAAACUAUGGAUGAUUUACUUGCAAUGCACACUGGGCCAGCAGACCCGAGUGAAUGGCCAAAACUCUUUUUUCUUAGGAAAAGGCCAUAAAACCGAUUAAAACCACGUUUAUUAUAGUUUUUUAACUCUAUGAAUGCGAAUCUGAAGUCAAAAUUAAAAAAUUCAAAAUGGCGGAUCCAAAAUGGCGGACAUGAAUUUUAAAAAAUCCGUAUUUUUGCUUCAAACUCAGAAUCUAGGGGUUUAGAACAAUGCACAUUACGAAUAUAAUGUCAACUUUGAGAAAUUCAAAAUGGCGGAUCCAAAAUGGCGGACA